AUGAGUUCUUCUCAUCGUCUUAAAGGUCUUUUAUCGAUUACAGUUUUAAAAGCAAACAAUCUUAUCAAGGGCGAUUGGCUUGGUGAAAAUGACUGUUAUGCUGUUCUCUCUCUCGAACCUCUGCCAACUGAAUCCAAAGGAAGAUCAAGAAACAAAGACCGUCAAAGUGAAGUAUCUCAACUAACACAGAUUCAUGAUGGAUCGAAUCCAAUCUUCAACGAAAAACUCAUCUUUCCCGUUGCGGAUAAACUGGACACAUUAUAUAUUCAAUUAUGGGAUUCCGAUCCGGGUAAAGACGAUCUUUUAGGACAAGGGACAUUGAGUUUACUCGACGAUGAUCAGGGAGGUCAAUUUGACACCAAUGUGAAGAAAGAAUGGCUUUACGUUACAACAGUUUCGCUGACGACGGAGAAAGGAAAGGCCGGUGGAACUGUUGAUCUCGUCCUUCAUUACAUUCCUGAAACCGUCGCUGCUUACAUGGGAAGAAAAUUCGAUUCUGCUCAAGCCGAUUUGAAGAAGAAAUUAACGCAAAAAAUUGUGUCGAAAGUGACAGACGUAGCAUCUGAUAAAAUAUUUGGUGAUUAA